AUGUUGUCCUUCAUUCGUUCGCUUACGUCAAAUCGCUACACCCCUCAUGUCGCUAUUGCCGUCGUGUCCGCUGUCGUAACUCUUAGAAUGAGUAAAGCAUUAGAGCGGCUCUCAGGGCCAUCUGAAUCAGAGAAAGCUCUAAAGAGGCGCACUGAUCUGCUGGAAAUCAUUGCCAAGGUUGUGAUGGAUAGCUGUCCACCAGAGAAUCUAGCCAAGGACAACACCCCUGCUGCCGCCGACUCUGCGAGCAUCACCAAACGCAAAGAUAGCCCCAGCUCUGCAGCACCAUCCGCGUGA